AUGACUGUUGAUGAUCCGCAAACGCAAGAGCGUAUAUAUGUUGAGAGAGUCAUUCCACGUAUCAGUCUAAACGAUUGUGAGAAUCGCAGGGAAGAGAUUAAAGAGCAAUUAUAUGCUGCCGCAAUUCGAUCUGGGUUCUUCACUCUCUGCGAGCAGGAAUUCCCUUCAAAGAAGGAUAUAGAAGAGAUUUUUGAACUCUCAAAAGUUUUUUUUGACUAUCCUAUGGACCUGAAGAUGAAGACUCCACACCAAAAACUGCUGAACACUGGAUAUGAGUCUGCUACUCAAAUCAGACCAUCUACUGGCACUGCUGAUCAGAAGGAGUCUAUCCAAUUGCAAUACCACCGGUUCAAUGAGAAUUGGCCUGCAGAGGAAGAUGUCGGUGAGGAAUGGAGAGAGAAAACCAGAGAAUUCAUGCUCAAGUGCCAAAAACUGAGUUGCUUUGUGAUGGGCUUGUUUGCCGAGGCAUUGGGCUACCCAGAGGACUUUUUUUCAAAGGCCCACGACAUUGAACAGCCAACUGCACAGACCACUUUGCGUUUGCUCCAUUACUUUGACUGUACUGGAAAAGCGUUUGAAGGAAACUAUUGGAGGGCAGGUCCCCACACAGAUUUUGACUCCUUGACUCUCCUUUUUCAAAGGACCGGCGACCACGGGCUUGAGAUUUGUCCCGGAAGAGAUGCUCACACGGAUUUUGGGUAUAAUGACGCGUGGACGGCAGUCCCUUCGAGAACGGGCGAUAUUGUUAUCAAUAUUGGAGACAUGCUGAUGUCCUGGUCUGACGAUAUGUUAAAGUCCAACUUUCACCGUGUUAGACUUCCAAACGUUGGCGAAAAUCAGAAAGACAGAUAUACUGUUGCUUUCUUUAACCAAGCCAAUACCGAUGUGGUGAUCCAGGGUCCACAAAAGAAAUACCCACCUACUACGGGGAGACAAUUCAUUGAAGAUGCCAUGAGAAGAAAUUUUGAGCGUCUUCAGGAGUUGCAAAAUAGUGAGUGA